AUGCAUUUCCUUACCGCCUUCCCUAUCCUCGCUUUCAUUACCUCCGUCCUCGCAGGCUCCGGGUCCAUCACCAAGCCCGCGAAAGGCACAUCUAUCAUGCCUGGCCAGUCUUUUGCCUUCCACUACGAUGGCAUGGCAGAGUAUAGCGUCUCCGGCUACAACUACUCUGUGUGGCUGUUCACGGACCUGCCGUUGGCUUUCCUACCCUCUCAGAGUUUCGGGGCGGGACAUUUCUUUGGUCGCUAUAAUUACGCCAACUACCCCGGUGUUCCAUAUGCGACUAACCCAGCGCCUGCCAACUUCACCAUGCCGGACUUGUCUGCGUCGUAUGGUGGAUUUGGAAGAGGCAAGGACGCCAGCGGCGCCACCGUUUAUCUAGCAGUCAUUGAAGAAUACGCCGCAGGAUCUACGUUUGGCUUGCAAAUGAAUCUGGCUACGACGUGGCUUAUAUACAACAGCACGCAGCAUCAUUAA